AUGGGAGAGGAGACUCCCCUGGCCCACAAGGCCCCUCCUUUUCUCCAGGGGCGAUGGGGCAGGAGUGUCUGUGGAACCCAGGAGCUGGGAAAAGAUAAAAAAGCCAUCAGUGGCUCAGCAGCUCACCGUGCUCCUUCCCAGCUCUCCCGGCCUGCGCUCCAGCCCUGCUGCAGCCAUGAGGUCUCCGUGUCUCAGCAGACGUACUCCACCAAAGGGGCCUUCAGCUCUAACUCUGCCAGCGGAGGGGGCGGCUCCCAGGCCCCCAGCAGCAUCAGCUGGGAGACGGUGUCCCGGAGUGGUGGCAGCGGUGAGAGGGCCUGCUGUGGCCCCAGAACGGGCGGCUUUCGCAGCCAGAGCCUCUCUAACUUGGGGGCCAGCAAGAGCAUCUCGGUCAGCGUGGCUGGAGGGACCUCAUCUGGACAGGCCCUGGGAGGCUUCGGCCUUGGUAGUGGGGCCUAUAUGGGCCUGGGGGCUGGCAGGCAGACGCUCGGGCCCGCCUGUCCUCCUGGAGGCAUCCAGCAGGUCACUGUCAAGCAGAGCCUGCUGACCUGCCUCAAUGUGGAGAUCGAUCCAGAGAUCCAGCAGGUGUGCGUCCAGGGGCGGGAGCAGAUCAAGACCCUAAACAACAAGUUUGCCUCCUUCAUCGACAAGGUGCGGUUCCUGGAGCAGCAGAACAAGGUGCUGGAGAAGAAGUGGGCAAUGCUACAGGAGCAGGGCCAGAAAUUGGGCAUCACCUGGAACAGUCUGGAGCCCCUCUUUGAGUACUUCACCCACAACCUAUGGGGGAAGCUGGACAACCUCCAGAGCGAGCAGGGGAGGCUGGACUCAGAGCUGAAGAACGUGCAGGGUCUCGCUGAGGACUUCAAGAGCAAGUAUGAGGAUGAAAGCAACAAGCGCACUGCCGCAGAGAACGAGUUUGUGGUGCUCAAGAAGGAUGUGGAUGCUGCAUACAUGGGCCAAAUGGAUCUGCAUGGCAUGAUAGACAACCUGAUAGAAGAGAUGGAGUUCUUGAGGCAUCUUUAUGAAGAACAGCUGAGUCAAGUGCAGACUCACAUGUCUGACACCAGUGUCAUUCUCUUCAUGGACAACAAUAGCAACCUUGACCUGGACAGCAUCAUCGCCGAGGUUAAGGUCCAGUAUGAGCAGAUUGCCCAGAGGAGCAGGGCUGAGGCCGAGGCCUGGUACCAGACCAAGUACAAGGAGCUGUAGGUGACAGCUGGGAAGCAUGGGGACAACCUGAGGGACACCACGAAUGAGAUCGCUGAGCUCACCCGCACUGUCCAGAGGCUGCAGAGGGAAGUGGAUGCAGUCAAGAAGCAGUGUCAGCAGCUGCAGACUGCCAUCGCGGAAGUGUAGGAGCAUAGGGGGCUGGCAUUAAAAGAUGCUCAGAAGAAGCUUGGGGACCUGGACACUGACCUGCAUCAGGCCAAGGAGGACCUAACCAUGCUGCUGCGAGACUACCAGGACCUCAUGAAUGUCAAGCUGGCCCUGGACGUGGAGAUUGCCACCUACCGCAAGCUGCUGGAGGGCGAGGAGAGCAGGAUGUCUGGAGAAUGUCCCAGUGCUGUCAGCAUCUUGGUGACGGGCAACUCCACCACUGUGUGCAGAAGUGGUGCGGCUGGCUUCAGGGGUGACAUCUCCCUGGGCAGGGGUGGGGGGACCAGCAAGGGCAGAUUCAGCACCAGUGUGGGCUACAACACUGUCAAGGGAGGGCCCGUCUCUGGGGGCACCGCCAUCCUGCGGAAGACCACCACCGUCAAGACGUCCAGCCAGAGGUAUUAG